GAGAAGGCGGUAAUAUUGCCGAACGCUCUUAUGUGAACAGCUGUCAUUCAGCUGCUGAAGUGUGAGAAACCGAAUCGUUUCCUGUGGAAAUUGUGAGGUGUACCAAAUUUUUUUCGUUGUCUAGCACUCUACUAGAUUGAUUAAUCAGCAGUGAAUUCCAGCGAUAAAAUUCAGGAUUUAUUUUCAAUUAAGUUUGGAGCCAUAAAAAUUUAGCCAGUGAAGCGCGGUGCUCGAUACUAAGUGAAAUUAAUAAGUACGAUGGAUAGUUUGGAGUCAAAGAUAACUUUCGAAAUACCAAAUCAUCUCGAUUUUGACAAACUUUUUCGAGGACAUAAUUAUUCGCUGUUUUGGCCAAGUUUGCACUACCAACAGAGCGCAGCAGCAAGUGCAGCUGGACUUGGUUCCAUGAUGGGUUCAACCGGUGCCGAGACAGUGUUUGGUGAUUACAAUUCAAGUGACUUUAACCUGUUGAAUAGUCUGCAAAAUUAUGCCAGUCGGAGUGGGCCAGCAAGAGUAGGAGACGGCAGUGAACAGCUGCUUGAUCCCACCUACGAGCGGUUUAUCGGAGAUGUUUGGGUGGGCAUUGUUCUUACGCUCAUGAUUCUAUCGUCGAUAUUUUGCAUGUGUUCCUGUUUCCUGUAUCACAAAUUUCGACAGUGGCAACGGAGCGUUAUAACUGCUCGGUCCCAAACGACUUCUAAUAUGGACAUAGAGUCACCUCCGCCCUAUGACGUCGAGUCACUACCGAGUUAUACGAUAGUAUCUGGUUUGCCCAGUUACAACGAUGCCAUAGAACAAUUGAAGCAAAAGCAGCAACAAAAAUACAUUGGUUACGAACCAGUCAAAGUGCACCGACCAUCGGUGGUCAAAAUGUUCGAGUCCCAGUCUCAGGAUCUGAUGACGGGAGGGGACAAGCACGAGGAAAUCCGAUAUAAUUUUCUUAACAGUCGUUCGACAAGUCUGUUAAUAAGCGCCGAGUGCACGACCGUGGAACAAACGCCAGCCACGAGCAGUAGUUCUAACGAGAGGAAUGGUGUAGUUCCUAGUAGUAAACGUCUUACUUCAGAUGCUCGCGAAAACAGUGAAGAGAGUUUUUCUACUUUAAGAAAAUUUGAUGUUUGUAGGUAUACGUUAGAAAACGAUCAAAGUAACGAAACCAGCAGCUAAUUUAUUAGGAAAUAUUUUACAUGCAACUAUGACUGUGUUAUUAAAUGAUAAUUUAUUCAUCUGCCAAAAGACAUUGUUCAUUAGUAGUUUACAAAGGAUGUUCCUUGCAUGAGUGUGGUUGAAACAACCAACGGGGAAGUUCUCGAUAGUCAAUAAUCAGAGAACUAUUCAACGCGAAUUGCUCACACAGCUACUCGAAAAUAUAAUCUUUAAAUAUUA